GCGAGUGUGGAGAGGAACUUAGAGACCGAAGGGGAGGUUUCCCAGGAACAGAUUUCGAGCCUGCAUCUGACCGAGGAUGGCUGACAGUCCCUCUCAGUCCGAGCCUCUGGGUUUGCAAGAUCUCAGUGACGACUUCAAGAAGCCGACGUUGCCGGUGCCCCCGGUUGUGCGCGGCAAGACCCCGGCCUCCAAUCCUUCAAACCCUGAGGAGGCGAAGAAGGAAAGGCCCGCGGCGCUGCUAGAGCCGGAUUCCGCGGAGCCUGACGUCCCGCCACCGCGGCCGGACAGCGGGGGCACCAGGAGUCCGCCGAAGGAGCAGCCCCAGCCCCCCACAGCGGCUCCUUCUCUCGGCGGCCCGGCCCGGGCUCCCCCUUACCAAGAGCCUCCGUGGGGCGGCCCCGCGACAGCCCCCUACAGCCUAGAGACGCUCAAGGGUGGUACCAUCCUUGGCACCCGUAGCUUGAAAGGGACGAGUUGCUGCCUUUUCGGGAGGCUGUCUAGCUGCGACGUGUGCCUGGAGCACCCUUCGGUGUCCCGGUACCACGCCGUGCUGCAGCACCGGGCGUCCGGCCUCGAAGGAGAGUGCGACGGCCACGGGCCGGGCUUCUACCUUUACGAUCUGGGAAGCACUCACGGCACUUUCCUGAACAAAACUCGCAUCCCACCCCGCACCUAUUGUCGAGUCCACGUCGGGCACGUUCUUCGCUUUGGAGGUAGCACCCGGCUCUUUCUUCUUCAGGGACCAGAGGAAGACAGGGAAGCAGAAUCCGAGUUGACCGUAACGCAACUGAAAGAACUGCGAAAGCAGCAGCAAAUGAUGUUGGAGAAGAAGAUGUUAGGAGAAGACUCGGACGAGGAGGAAAUGGAUGCCACCGAAGGGAAGAGAAGUGCUAGUAGUCAAGAUGAUGAGAUGGGCUGCACCUGGGGAAUGGGAGAAGAUGCUGUAGAAGAUGAGGCUGAAGAGAACCCCAUUGUCUUAGAGUUUCAGCAGGAAAGGGAGGCGUUUUAUAUAAAGGAUCCAAAAAAGGCUCUCCAAGGUUUUUUUGACCGAGAAGGAGAAGAAUUAGAAUACGAAUUUGAUGAACAGGGACAUAGCACUUGGCUGUGUAGAGUGAGAUUACCUGUGGAUGAUUCAACUGGAAAACAACUGGUAGCUGAGGCCAUUCAUUCAGGAAAGAAAAAAGAAGCAAUGAUCCAGUGUUCACUGGAAGCUUGUCGAAUCCUUGAUACUUUGGGAUUGCUGCGGCAGGAGGCAGUAUCUCGGAAAAGGAAAGCCAAGAACUGGGAAGAUGAAGACUUUUAUGAUAGUGAUGAUGACACCUUUCUUGAUAGAACUGGCCUGGUUGAAAAGAAGCGUCUGAACCGAAUGAAAAAAGCUGGGAAGAUAGAUGAGAAGCCAGAGACCUUUGAAUCAUUGGUUGCAAAGUUAAAUGAUGCUGAAAAGGAACUCUCUGAAAUUUCCGAGAAACUGAAAGCCUCAAGCAAAGCCCUGUCAGAGUCACCAUCUCAGGACUCUUUAGAGGCAUUUAUGUCAGAAAUGAAAUCCGGGAGUGCGUUGGAUGGUGUGUCCCGGAAGAAACUUCACCUGAGAACUUUUGAACUGAGGAAAGAACAACAGAGACUUAAGGGAUUGAUAAAAAUUGUAAAGCCAGCAGAGAUUCCAGAGCUGAAAAAGACUGAAAGUCAGGCUACAGAUGUGGAAAACAAAGCUAAAAAGCUUACAUUGCCUCUCUUUGGUGCCAUGAAAGGAGGAAGCAAAUUCAAAUUAAAAACGGGAACAGUAGGGAAGUUACCCCCUAAGCGUCCAGAACUCCCUCCAGCUCUAUUGAGAAUGAAGGAUGAGCCCGAAGUAGAAGAGGAGGAGGAGGAGGAAGAGGACGAGGAGGGGGCAAAGGAGGGAGAUGAAAGGGGGAAAACGGAAGCUGGAAGCAGUAGGCUGCAGCACGAGAAGCACGAGACAGAGCCGGAAGAUGCAGUGCAGGAAGUGAGGCCUCCCACUGACUUCACCUGUUCUAAAGAGACAAAAGCCCAUGAAAACAUGUCUCAACUCAGCCAAGAGGAACAGAAUAACGAUUAUCAAGAGAUUAGAGAAACAGCUGCAUCAUGUGAGGAACCCUCAGCAUCAAAGAGUGAACAUCAGAAAAACAGAGAUGAAUUGAAAAAAAAGAAAGCUCCCGGUCCAGGCAAACUUCCAGCAACACUUUCCUCCAAAUAUCCAGAAGAUGACCCAGACUACUGUGUGUGGGUCCCACCUGAAGGGCAAAGUGGAGAUGGCAGGACCCAUCUGAAUGACAAGUACGGCUAUUGACUGCUUCAGAAUCCUAAAGGAAGACCUUGUGGACCAUGUGACAUGGGAUAUGUAGGGUCCUAUAUCAAGUUGAAUGUCCAGAGAAGGAGUUCAGGUGAUCUUUUGUAAAAUCUGGUGACUGGCCUUUUCUUUCAUGGCUCCCUAAAUUUAUCUACUCAUCUGAUUCUCUUGAAUUUGGCAUUUAUUUUUUAAAGUGUUUGUGUUUGUAUGUAAAAAGAAACCACACAGUUUGAGAAUGGGUAAAGUGAGAGACAUAACCCUAUUAAAAGAGAAGGUGAAGAUGUCUCA